CGCCAUACCGCAGUUUGCGUCUCACUCGGCAGGUCUCAAGUUUCACUUCGGCGGUGUGUAUCGUGUUGUCAGGCAGAAAGACACACCAGCAAGCCGGGGCGGCGUGGGCCCUCUCCUUCUAUACCGACUUCAAUUAUUUUGUUCGUUUAACCGUUUCUCCGCAAACUAUGUCGAGCGAGUCUGGAUUUUCAAGCGAAGAGGUGCUGAACAGCCGCUUCCCUCUCCACCGGGCGUGCAGGGAUGGAGAUGUCGGCGCCUUGUGCUCCUUCCUGCAAAGCACCGCCAAGCCGUCUGACCUCACCGUGGAGGACACCUUCUACGGCUGGACGCCCAUACACUGGGCGGCUCAUUUUGGAAAGCUGGAGUGCGUGAUGCACCUGGUGCAGGUGGGCUGUGGUGUCAACACGGUGACCUCCAAGUUUGCACAGACGCCCACUCACAUUUCGGCAUUUGGAGGCCACCCAGAGUGCUUGUUAUGGCUCCUUCAAGCUGGCGCAGACAUUAAUAGACAGGACUAUGUGGGCGAGACGCCCAUCCACAAGGCUGCACGUGCGGGCAGUCUGGAGUGCAUCAACGCUCUCUUGGUUCAGGGAGCAAAAGCUGAUGUGAGGAAUGCCAGUGGGCUGACCGCUGCCGACCUGGCCCACGCCCAAGGAUUCCGGGAGUGCGCUGAGCUUCUCUCCAAUGCCCAGAACUUCCAACAAAACAUGGCUCAGUUCCAUAACGGGGCCUUUCUCAGUGGCAUCACCCAGAACGGGGGCCACACUCACCCCACUAUCCAGGGCCGCAGCUUCUUGAACGGCAUACCCAACAGAAAGCGGUCAUUCGAUGAGCAGGAAGUCAACCCUGUGAAGAAGGCGAGACCUAACGGUCUGGGCAUGCCACUUGAGAUGCAGAAUGGAAACGGGCCACUGGGUGGUGCCGGAGAUGCCCAGAUGGAGAGCAUGGCGGUUGAGUUGACGUCUACUGCAACCUCAGUCGGUCAGUGUCAGCCACAGCUUGCUUUUGGGUGCGAUCCCGUCGAAGAAAGGCAGCGUGACCCACGCACCUCCAACAAGGAGUCACCUGAGAUGAGCCAAGUGGAGCACCAAAAGUGCGUGACAGCAGAGCAGCUGUACGAUCACGCCCUCUUCAGCACCAUGCUCCUCUACCAUGGAGCCUAGUCAGACUCCGGUCAACUCACACAAGCCUUCAUUUGCCUUAAAAACAGUGACUACUUUCAUCUUGUAAAGGACAGGCCCAUUGUGUAUUUUGUUGUUUUUGCCUUGUAAAUAGCAGUUGAUGAUCUCGGGUCCUAAAUUGUGUUGUUAAAGUGAUUGUUUAUGUUCGAAAGUGAGCAUUUUGAGCACUGCCGACGCUCAAAAUGUUUCACUGUUUUUCGGCACAAAAGAGCACUGGCCACACCAAGUUUACGUGAAAACUUAUGUUACAAGAAUAAAAUGGAGAAAGUAUGUGCAAAAAGCACACUCAGAACAUUACUGUAAUGACUCCUUGUAAAAAAAAUAAAAUAAGUUUUUUCUCGACAUAUUUCCACUUUAUACUUUUUACAGGAAUUCACGAUGUAAUCUUUUCAUUAAAUUACAGGUUUUUUUUCGCAAGGUUGUGACUAUUUUGACUUUCUCGUAAUAUAAAUGUAUUAUAGGAAAACACAUCACACGUUAUUAGGACUUAAUUUGUGUUGAAUUAUGACUAAAAUUAAAACUAAAUACUAGUCAUACAUUUUUUUUCUUGCAAUGUUACAUUUUAAUUCCCACUUUUUUCUUAUGCGACUCUUCUUGUCAGCUGUGUUUUUUUUUUCUUGCAGCAUUCCAACUUCUGUAUUAAUCACGGCUGUCAUAAAACGUCAAUCUCAAUUUUUAUUUUUCUUGUAAUAUGACUCUUCUCAACUUUUGACUUGAUUCCAACUUUUUUUUACUCAAAUAUUGUGACUUUAUUCUUGAUACAUGCCAACAUUUUCUCACAAUAUUACGAUUUAAAACUAAUGUUUUCUCUUUAUUCUACGACGAAGUAUUAGGGCCACAUUGAAAAAAACCUCUUAACUUUGUUACAGGCAUUGCCUGAGACAGCUAUGAAAGGGGGGGGGGCUUUAUGUGACCUGUGCUCAACUGCUCUGUUUUGCUGCCUAGUUAUAAAUAAAAGCUUGCCGGAAGCAAGAGGAAAGUUUCCUUCCUGAAGUGGUAUGCUCUAUUUCCCCUCUGACACGUGUGGCGCAUAAUAUUACGACUUUAUUGUUGUCAAUUUACGACAUUCUCAUAAUAUUACAGCGUAAUAAUUUUUUUCUUGUAAAUGUAUGUCUUUAUUCUCAAAAUCGCAGAUGUUUUUUUUCAAUGUGGCACUCAUAUUUUGUUGUAUUAUUCUCAUGAAUUGCAAUUUUAUUUUUACAUUUUUCUGGUAAUACAACC